AUGUAUCUGUCCGUAAGACAGUUUUCCUCCCAGAAGCCUUGCAGACAGUUGUCUCAAGAACUUCUCAACAAGUUUGAGGAGUAUAUUGUUUAUCAAAAAACCCCAAAGAAGCUCAAAACAAUGAUAUACAGACCCACCAAUUCACAACAAUUAAUUGCAGCAGACUUGAUUGAUUCUACGGGGAAGCCAUUGGCUCCGCAAACAUAUAAAGGCCCGCCUCGUCAAAAUGAUCUUGUCAAACUGAUCAACCAGUGUGAAUCUUAUGAUGAGUUUCUCAAGGUCCGCCAGCUCAUUUUUGAUGUUACUAGAAAUUCCAAGAAGAAGCCUUCAGUUUUGACAUCCAAGCCAUUGACUCCGUUUUUGAUCAAAGCGGCUCAACUAAACCGCCUCCCUCAUUCGUUGACUACUUUGUGGACGCUUCCGACUGAAUGGUAUUCUCAGUUUGAUCCCUCGAUUGCAUCAACUGUAGUGAUGUUGGAGUACCUCAAAGUUGCAGAACGAGGUACUACGGACCAACAUCUUGACCAUGCAUCGUUGGAUAAACGUUUACAGAAGUCCGAAAAGAUACUCCGGGAUAAGUUUCAAGAUGCUAUAGCGGAGCAAGUUCAGCAGGAUCCUCUAACCAAUUUGUUAAAACUGAGCUGCCAUAUCAAAGCGGAGGAGAUCAACAACUUCAACUCGGUGGUGCAACUUGAACCCUAUUUAGAACUCCAUUUGGCUAAAGGAGCCGCCAUAAAACUCCCAGAUGUGUCUCGUUUUGCCUUGAAGUCCGUUGCCCAAGGCUCCAAGUUCAAGAUCUACGCGCAAUACAAAUACGACUACUGCAAGAUCCAGAUCGUUAAUGCUUCCCUGAACAACUUGCAGGCCCACAUCUCAAAUCCUGCCAUUGCAGAAAUCAUCCACAAGCUAACUCCUUUCUUGGAUACUAUGGAAACGAUUGGUGAGUCAAUUGGAUAUUCCAAUCUCUUGGUUGAGUUUGAGAACACCAUGCAAUUCCCUAAGCAUAUCCCCCCACCAUCGUCUGAGUGA